AUGGGCACUUUGGAGAGUUAUCUGCCUCCAGAUUUGACCACCAAGACCAUAACCCAGCUCGUUCUUUCUCUUGAACUCCCAGUACCGACUACUGUUGAGCGACUGCAAGUCUCGGCAGCCUUUCAUUCUAUCUAUCUCAUAACCUUCCCCGCCUCUAGCACGUCGGGAAUCCCGGCUCGCCGCAACCGUGAUGGCUCGGUAACUCUGGUACUACGCGUCUCUGGCCGUCAGCUUCCGGGUAUCAAGACGCGAAAUGAGGUCGGUGUGAUGAAGUGGGUGCGAGAAAAUACAAAGAUCCCCGUCCCAGCAGUUAUUCGCUACGAUGACACGGAGUCUAACAUGGUCGGGCAUGAGUUCACUCUACUCGAGAAAGUACCUGGUGUCAGCGUGGAUCAGAUCUACUCUACUCUCUCCCAAGACGCCCGCACCAGGUUAGUGAAUCAGCUAGUUGAUUAUCUGUGUGAACUCCGUUCACAUCCAUGGAGGGAUGGCUUUGUGGGAGGUUUAGCUAUUCAUGGAACUGAAGUCGCCGCUGGACCUCCGAUUGAAGAGAAUUUCUGGCAAGUCCCCGACCUGGACCGAUAUUGGGGAGGCUUGGGAGAGACCCUCGAGUCGCUGAAUCCGACCCGUGAGGUUGGAUUCUCAAAUAAUGUGGAGUUUAUAGUAGGUAGUUUGGAUCGUUAUAUUCAUGCUAUCCAAAAACACCCAUCGCUCAACCCAUUUCGAGACAUGAUCCCACGGCUCCAGGCAUUUAUGAACAUUAUUCAAGCCCCCACAAAUGCCAAAGAACUGAAUCGUGUGACCUAUGUUCUCGCACAUAAAGACUUGCAUUUCGGGAAUGUCAUGUGUGACCCUGACCAUCCUGAUUGUCCCAUAACCGCGAUUUUGGACUGGGAGUUCAGCGGCGUGGUACCUGCACCACGAUGGAAUCCACCUCGGGCUUUUCUUUGGAAUACAAAAACGUCACCGGAAGACAAGGCAGAGCAAAGUCGCAUGGAGAAUGUUUUUCAGGCUGUCUGCCAAGAGAGAGGUCUAGGGAAAAUGUUGGACGAAAUGCGACUCAGUCCACGACAAGAGUCAAUGCAAACUGUGGUCAAUCACAUUCGUGCUAUUGUCGAAGUCUGUCCUAGGGGACAGGCUCAGGAUCAUGUGGGUCAGUGGAGGAAAGUCGCAGAAGCAGGGAUGGAGGACUUUGGUGUGUAG